AUGUUAUUACCAUCCCCGGUCUCCCCUGCUGAUGAAGACAGUAAUGAUGUCACACCUCAGCAACAGAGCUUCCUGGAGUGUAAUCUGAUCCUCUCUGAGGGGGUCACUGCAGGUCCGACCCUUGGCCUAAUUCCCAGCAUUCACCUGCAGAGGCACUGUCAGUCACAGAGGAGCUGCAGUGCACUGUGGAGUCACCUUCAGCACAGUGGAGCACACUGCCGGGCUGAAGCUCACGCUGAGAGCUUGACCCAGAGGGACGACAGAGCGCUGCUGACAGCUGACGCCUCGACCAGCCAGCAGACUCUGUCGUCACAACCGGUGCUCCCAGACGUGCCAGUCAUCACGGGAGUGGAGGAGAGCAAAGGUGCAGCUGGAGACCAGGAGGACAAGGAGGAGCUUGAGUUUCCCCAUGACCUGCUGCCCAGUCUAGACUUCAGCAGUGAGCUCAACAUCUGGGAGUCCUCACUAGGAGCCUUCCCCUCUCUGGAGUCUCCUCAGCUAGAGUUUCAUACUCCGACUGAGGAGAUAGCUGCUCCUCUGACACAGGAGGAGAUCCCACCAGUGGAGCAGGUAGCAGAGAAGACAACAGAGAUCCCAACUCUAAAUCUUCUGAAAAAGCCAGUGGAUCUUCCUGAACCUUUAAAGAAGUCAGCAGACCUCCCAGAACCAAAGCAGCAGGCGGUAGAGCUUUCCGAACCAACACAGAGCACAAAGGAAGAGCUCUCAGAACCAACCAAGGAAGAGGAAGAGUCUCCAGGAGAACUCCCAGAACCCAAAGGGGAGCCGGUAACUUCUCCAGAGAUAGUAGAGGAGCCAGCUGAGCUCCUAGAUGCAGCAAAAAGCACAGAAGAGCUCCCAGAAGUGCCGAAACAUGAAGAACCAGAACCGACAAAGGUGACAACUGAGCCCCUAGAACCAGCGAAGAAGCUGAUCAGUGAGGAGCUGCCGGAAAAACCUGCAGAGACCACACCUGAGGAGCUGUUUAAAGAGCCAGCUGAAGAAACCGCAGUGACAGAAUUAGUCCAGGAUCCUGCUGAGGAGCUACAGGACAGCAGGCCCCUCCUCGCUGAGCAGGCACAGAGAGGUGACCGUCCCCCUGCCUCUCCCCUACCUCCUACUUCCGAACACCACCUCCUGCCUGCCCCCAUUCCUCACCUCCACGAGAGCGUCGAGUUCCCCACUCCUCCUCCCACACCCCCGGAGAGGCACGCACCUGAAGUUCUACCAACCCCACCUGCAUCCCCACCCCUUCCUCCAUCUCCUCCAGCCCCUACCUCCCCUCCUGCACCUCCUGCUAACCACUGUGAGGACCCCUGCCCUGCUUCUGCACCCCGUCACCCUGCCUUAAGGAGCUCAGACUCUGAUGGAGCGUUUGAGACCCCUGAAUCUACAACUCCAGUGAAGGCUGUUUCUCCUACAGAUCCCCAGAUCCAGCAACUGACGUCUGAAGACACAGUAGCAGACAUCUCAGUCAGUGAUCCUGCCUCUGACUCGACUUCAACUGAUCCACCACGCCAUUCUCCGUCCGGUACUUUUGAUGAAAACAAGCCUAUUGCAGCCAGUGGUACAUACAACAUUGAGCUUUUUGCUCCAGAUUCAGCGAGUCACACACUGACUCGUUCCCUCAGCCUCCAGGGAGGAGAACUAGACAGUUCUGGUCUGUUAGACGGAUCCACAACAGGAGGUUUCCGACCACAUUCUGAAUCCUUCAGCGUAGGCACUGAGAGUGCCCCAGGCACACUCCACAGGCCCAAGAAAGUCCGUCCAGGGUCCCUGAAGAAGAAACCUCUUCUCAGACAGAACUCCAACCCAGAGAGUCCAAGGCCAGCCUCAUCUAGCAGCACCCCGGAGAUCAAGAAGCGGGCAAAGCCUCGAACUGGCAGUCCUCUCCAGGCUCAGGAGGAAGCAGAAGCAGGAUCUGCAACCCCGAGCCCUGGAGGAACUCUCCGAAGGACCCGGAAGAGCCGUGUCGAAACUCCACCUCCUCUCCCAGAGGAGACCAAUCAUACCUGCCAAGAGGAGAGCCUUGUUAUACCUGCUUUACCCUUGUGCCACGAGGAGACACCUCUCCCUGGUAGUCCAACUGGCAAAGACGAAUCCCCCAUCCCUCCUAGUGCCUCCUACAAAUGGGAUCCAGAUAAUUUUGAGAAUAUCGACCCUUUCAAAACUGGAGGUAGUAAAAUUGCCAACUCCCCUGUUCUGGGUCGUAAAGAUCCUGUGUGCGACCCCAUUGCUACCCCCAUAGAGAGUACACCGGUCCCUGCUGUGGAACCAAGUCACCCCAGUCCCACAGCUCCUCUUGAUGAGCCAGUCACAGACCCUGAAGAGCAACCGAUCAUCCCCAAGCGUCAGUCAGUAAGGCUGGAGUUUGACUACUCUGAGGAGAGCAGCGAGGCAUCACACCAGGCCUCUCCCCCACCCAAGAAAGUGGGCAAGAAGCCCGGUGCCAAGAUGCCUCUGAGGAAACCAAAGCUGGGGCUGAAGAAGGCCCCUCCAGCGCAGACGCAGCAGCUGGACAAUGACCCUCCAGCAACCCAUAAUGGCAACGAGGAUGAAAUCCCUGUUCCUAAAGUAAACUACAACUUUGAAGCAGACAAGUGGGAUGAUCCAAAUUUCAACCCAUUUACUUCUAAGAAAACAAUGGCCAGCUCCCCUAAACUGUCCAGGCCGUCUUAUAGCUUUGACCCCAAUAACUUUGAUGACUCCAUAGACCCUUUCAAAUCCUCCAAUAAGAUGGCCAACUCUCCUCCUAAGGCCUCUGCCUCCUUUGAGCUGUCAUCUAAUGACUAUGACAAUGACAAUGACAAUGACAACAUCGGGGAACUGGAGGACCAAAAUCAGAACAAACCUGCCAAGAAGAAGAAAACUCCUAUCAAAUCGAAGUCCAGGGGUGUGUCCUCUCUUUGUUGUCUGUUUAAUACUUUCAGAGUGAAGAGGUCGCCAAAGAAAUCACCAUUGUCUGACCCAUCCCAGGAUCCUAUGCCUGCAGAUGAACCUCCCUCCCUCCACCCACAGGAUGACCACGCCACAGACGAGGAGAAGCUGGCUUCCUCCACCAGUCAUAAGUGGGCAGCUCUGCACGACAUUGAUGCAGAUUUAAACUCUGACCAACAAGAAUUCCCUCAGCCAUGUGACCUGACGUCCUUCGUCAAUGAGAACAGUCUUCCUCAUCAGACUCUAGUGCAAGACUAUGAAAUUGAGUACAUGGAGAAGAUUGGCUCCUCUUCACCUCCACUGUCUGUGAAGAAGCCUUCUUUGUAUCUGAAGCUGGAUUCAGUAUCUGACAGUUUAACCAAGAAUUCGUGUGCACAUGGAUCUGAGCCCAGCUCCCCCUGCACAGGGAGUUUCGAGGAGAUGGAGGCCCAGAUAACUGCAGGUAUGAAGACACCAGUGCUGAGCUCUCGGCCUGGUCCUGAGGGCUCAGCUGGGGACAAGGGCAGGAAGAGAGAAAGCGAGUCACUCAGCCGAACACAGAGCACAGAGAGGGACGAGCAGUCCCCUAGCCAGGGCCCCAUGGAGGCCCCUGCUCCUGCCCUGGCCAUGCCCCUGUUAGACAGGCUGUCUGAGUGUGAUGACCCCCUGCAGUACCUGGAGCCUGACCUGGCUGAGACCAACCCCACCGCAUUCGCCCAAAAACUACAGCACAGAGACCUGUCAUCUCCAGUAGAGAGUGCUGUGUCCAAGAGCUCCCUGUACGCCAGGACCACCACCACCAACACCAGCUACAUCGAAGGGGAGAGUCCCCACCUGCCCAGGGAUCUGGACCACUCGCUGGGAAUUGCACGAGAAGAGAUUGUUUCAAAGGAGAAAGAGGUGCUGGAGUGGCAGAGGAAGUAUGAAGACAGCCGACAGGAAGUGGUGGAGAUGAGGAGAAUUGUUGCUGAGUAUGAGAAGACAAUUGCACAGAUGAUAGGCAUGCCAGAGGAUGACCAGAAAGAGAAGUCUCUCUCUCACCACACCAUCCAGCAGCUGAUCAUGGAGAAGGACCAGGCCUUGGCUGACCUCAACUCUGUGGAAAAGUCUCUGGCCGACCUCUUCCGACGUUACGAGAAGAUGAAAGAUGUGCUGGAGGGCUUCCGCAAGAAUGAAGAGGUGCUGAAGAAGUGCGCUCAGGAGUAUCUGUCGAGAGUCCGUAAGGAGGAACAGCGCUACCAAGCCCUGAAGAUUCAUGCAGAGGAGAAACUAGACAAGGCCAAUGCAGAGAUAGCUCAGGUGCGAGCGAAGGCCAAGCAGGAGCAAGCCGCCCACCAGGCCAGUCUGAGGAAGGAGCAGAUGAAAGUGGACUCUCUGGAGCGCACUUUGGAGCAAAAGAACAAAGAGAUCGAGGAGUUGACAAAGAUCUGUGAUGAGCUGAUCGCCAAGAUGGGGAGGAGUUAGCGGCCACGCCACACCUAGGCCAAAUCUGAAAGAAAAGAUUUUGUGUUUAUAGAAGAACUACUUGGAAAAUGAAGCAGAUCAGUAAUAUUUAUCACUCUUUCAAGGACUGACAGACAUCUGAGGCCAAAGUGGCCUUGGGAUUAUAUUUCCUACUGACUUUGUGUAUACAGGAUCCACAGGAAUGGCUUCCUCUUAAUCACUCUGUACAUUUUUGAUGUGUCAGUGUAUCGUACUGUAUCGGGGGGGGUCUGGUUUAAAGUUUUAGAGAAUUUACCAUAUCACUAAUGAGUGUGUCUGUGUGUGUGUGUGUGUGUGGGUGUGUGUAUGAUAAUGAGAAAGUGAGCGCAUUGUUAAAUUAUCUAUAAUGUUUUUGCCAUGACAGCCAUUGAGGGAGAAGACUGUUUAACCACUCCUGUUGUUGUCUCCUCUUUAUACAAGAGAACGAUAGACUUUGAAAAAGAGAACCAGAGAGUUAGAUUCAUUCAUGAAAUGUUGAUACACCACUAAGAGAACACAAACUUAUCACAAUAGCUUACUGCAUGUGAGAGAGAGAGAAAAACUUGUAAUGUUAAUGUUUGUAUAUACUGUAGGAAACUCCAAGUAUCUGCAUUUUUGAUAGUUAUUCCGUCAUCCUCAGUCCGCUUCCCUCAUGUAACCUUGUAGAUAUUUGUCAUACUUGUCAUAGCUUUCUCGAUGAAAUCGUGGGACUUUAUUUUUUGGAUUUUAUUUUGAUAUAAAGCAAACUAAUCGUGACUGUAUUCAGUUGUGACUAGGAGUAAUUUCAUUUUGGAUGGAUAUGUCCUGGUCCUGCUAUGGUCGUUGUGUCACACUGAGGAAUAACUUCUCUGCACAGCUACUGUACAGCAUCUGCUUACAAAGUGCAAUAAAAGAUGGCAAUACAGCA